GUGAGGGCUUCAUUUGUUAGCUUUCAGAAUUAUAAGAUGCGGGGGAGAACGCUAGUGGUGGAUGAUGCUCCUUUCGCGUGGUGUUCAUCGUACAUCCAGAUAAACAUCUAUGACACCAACAUCGAGAGACUUCGUGAGAGAGGGAUCGACAUCAAGGAUAUGAUCGAGCACAUUGGAUGCCGAUCCAUAAUCAUGAAUAUUCCCAUUCCGAAAGAGGGUGCAAGCUCACGGCAUUUGCCAGGAGAAGCCUUUGGAAAAGACCAUGUCUCGAUCGUGCAAACUUGCAAAAGAAGCACUCUUCCUGCGAAAUUGCACAACGUAGCUAAUGAAAGCGUUACUGCAGUCAAAGUGGAAGGAACUAAUGCAAAGAGUGGGCAUGUGCAAUCUCCAUCAUCUUUUCAAGAAAAAAGCAACAAGUCCUUGGAUCGUACCUGCACGGAUGCAGCUGUAAUGUCAGACGGCGAUGAGAUUUUCCAAGACUGCAUCGAUGACGAUAAUCGAAUCGACUUGCUCCCAAAACACCCAUCAGUCUCAGAGAUUUCUCCUUGUAAAGGUGCCGCUCACCGUGGAGGCAACCCUGAGUUACUCCAGAAAGCUGGAUCUAAUCACACACAAAUGCCUGAGGCAGAGCGCUCCUUUAUGGAAUACUCACGAAAAGUUGUUGAUGGUAUUCACGCCAUGAACCUGGCGACACGAACGGUUGCUGAUGCGUUGAGCUCUGCUAUGGGGGAUGUAGUCGAAAAGGCUGAAUCUCGCGUACCAAGUAUAGAGAGAGAUCUAACUACCAGCAAGCUGCUGAAAGAGCGAACACUGACAUCACCGAAAAAGGUAGUCCGCAAAUAUCGCAAGCGCCCUCGACUUCUGACUUCGGAUUCGGAGCUAGUUUCGGAUGCAGAGCGGCCGGUCAGAGAAACCGAUAAGAUCGGCCAUGAAAAGAAAGUUCUUUGCUCUAAUGAGCGCCAGCCUCAGCCCUCGUGUGGUGAUGUUCACGAGAAGAACUUUGCUUGUAUGUACUCAGGGUGUGGAGCGAAAGUAGCUUGGCGCCCUCAUUAUGGCAAAAACCGUCUGGUUGAUCACGUAAGGAUUCAUUGGGGGAAGAAGGUGAAAAAAUGUCGUUUGUGUGACUAUGUGGCAUCACAUCAGCGAAAGGUGAUCUAUCAUCAUAAAUCUGUACACAAAGAUAAAAGUUACGAAGGAACUCUAUCCCUUGAAACGAAAGAGGAUAUGGAGGAGCUGCUGAGCCUGUGGAAACAAUGCUUCCCAGGCUCGAUUAAGCAGUUUAUGCAGAAUUGUGUGCUACUGUUGGAUGGCAACAUACUUUUUCCUUUUCUUAGGCAAAGCAGCUCAUCAUUCAGAAAAGAUGCAGCGUUAGAAGAGUUUUGUGAUGCAAAACUAGGACGUCUUCAUCGUGCUUCAUCAGCUUUUUACAGGACCAGAAAUUUCGCUCGCGAUUGCCCCAACACGAAAAUCGGUUUUUUACAGUCUACCGACUUUCAAAGUGUGAUUUGUACAUCGAGUGGAGCGGCGCUACUCAGGGCGCGACCAAUCUACGGGCACUACGUCAACUAG